AUGGCGUCUCACUCGUCUUCCGCGAUUCCGAAUGCUACAACGGCGACUCCGGUGACGAAUUCGUCUUCGUGUAACGAUCUUUAUGAGAAUCCGUUGUAUCUACACAGUACCGAUCAUGCUGGGCUCCAGAUAGUCAUUGAUCGCCUCAAUACUAGAGCAGAGUUUCAUUUCUUGGCAACGAUCUGUUCGCAUGGCAUUGAAUGUGCUACUUGGUUAAUGGGAUCGGUUUCUAAGAAGAUAGGUGGCAUUUUAUUGUAUAUGCCUACUGCUGCUGCGAUUUGGAAGAGUAUUAUCUCUCGUUUUAAGCAGGAUGAUGCACCGCGUGUUUUUGAGAUAGAACAACGUCUAGGAUCACUACAACCGGGCUCAAUGGAUGUUAAUGGCUAUUAUACUGAGUUGGUCACUUUGUGGGAGGAGUAUACCAAUUAUAUUGAGAUUAUUGUUUGUACUUGUGGGCGUUGUGAGUGUAAUGCAGCGGUUUUGUGGGAAAGGUUGCAACAAAGGAGUAAGGUUACCAAGUUUUUGAUGGGCCUUAAUGAUGGUUUUGAUCAAACUAGGCGACAUAUACUGAUGCUUAAGCCUAUUCCAAGUAUUGAUGAAGUAUUCAACAUGGUUCAACAAGACGAACGACAGCUGAAUGUCAAUCCGAUUGUCAAGGCUGAGAAUGUAGUGUUUCAGACGACUGGAUCUUAUGAUGGAGCAAUGUAUGAGUCUAGUGAAUUUGCUGGUGCUUACAGUUCUUAUCAACCAAGAGGUAACAGACCAUUGUGUACUCACUGUGGUCAGAUGGGACACACGAUACACAAGUGUUAUCGUCUCCAUGGCUAUCCUCCUGGAUAUAAGCACUAUAAUAGUAACAAUGGUAGCAGUAAUGUUGGUAAUAACUCUGGUUAUCGGCCUACUAACAUGUGA